CCGGAAAUGACGAUGAAAUAAGUGGAUCUUGCACCAAUUUCAAAACAUCAGUGUCUACUGAUAACUUUACAGCUGUAAAGAUCAUAUUUACUUAGAGUUGCUUCCGAUUGUAUAUUUACGCCAGAAGAAACGUGAAUAGUACCCUGUUCACUUUAGAGUUAUGUAGCCGUUUUCGCCUCUUCAUAGCGACCUUAUGUGGUGUGAAUCAUGGAGACAACUCCGAUAAAACUGACACCAGCUAAUGAAAAUACACCAAAUACAUCUCAGACUUCUUCUUCAAGCAGGUCAAGCGCUAACAAGCCCAUGAGUUCCUCACUGAAGGAGAAGUUAAAAAGAUCACGCCACUCAUUCAGAUCCCCCCUCAGUGUGGUUAAACGCCUUAAAAUAGAAGAUGACAGUCAACCACAGACCUCACAACCGGGAGACAGUGUGACCGACGACAGAGAGACCGAUACUGAUGUCCAUCGGAAUGAUAUGAGAGAGCAAAGAGACUGUUCACAUCACACAGCUGAGCCUGCACAAAAACACUCGAUUCAGCAAUGUGAAGAGCUAAGAAAAGCAGUGAAGGAGAAAUCAGAAACCUUGCGAAGAUUAAAGAUGGCCAAGAUGUAUAGAACAAAGAAUGACCUGACCCAGCUACAGAGACUCAUAGACAAAUGGAGAUCCUGUGCUCAGUCUGUGCUGUGUGAAUUACAGAGUGAAUUACCCUCAGAGGGAAAACAAGUCAGUCUUUCUCAGCUUAUAGACAGUUUGGGGUUAGAUGACAAGAUACUGCACUUUGACAGGACAGAGGAAGACUUCACAGACAACUGAAAUUCAUUGUAUUGUAUUAUUUUAUUGAUAAUAUUUAAAUGGGUUGUAAGAAGCCUUUUCAGAAAAGGUCGUUCAUCAGUACAUUCAGAUUAUUCAGAUUACAUGUGGAACCGAUAAAAGACAUUGUGAAUUUUGUUAGGUUUAUUAAACUUUCUUGUUAAUUAUUACACAUUUUUCUUGUGUUCUCAUGUCACAUCUAUGUAU